CCACUUGCUCCAACAAACAAGUACCGAAGCACAUACACAGACAGAGAAGGAGUGAGAGAGAUGCUUGCUUGUGUGACGACUAUGGUUUAGAUUUCAGAGAGAAAGACCGAACGAGAGUGGGAAAUGGAUUAGACGGGGAAGGCAUCGAUUGCAUCAGAGAAAGGGAGAGAAAGAAAAAGGCAAUGCUUGAAGAAAGAGUGGACUUGCAGGAGGUGCAGCAGGCGCACAAAUGCACAAUAGCCUCGAGUGGAGAGAGAGGGGAAAGAGAGAGAAAGGAUGGCUAGAGAGAGAGAGAGAGAAAGAGAGUAGAGACUGACACACACCAACAGGACAAGUGAUGUGCUGUGGACCAGACGUUUUUCACUUUACUUGCACUGUACUGUGUAGCCUCCCGUCCUUUGUUUCUCUCUCUUCUCUCAUUCUCAAUUCCUAACUUUGCAUCUUUGUUGUUUUUUUCUCAGAGUCUAAAUAAAAGUAGCCAUGUUUGAUGCUUGUUUCUGGUUAAUUGAGGAUUUAAGAUUGCGGGAAGGAUUCCAGGCAAGCAAAGAAACGUCUGGACAUCUCUCACCGUGGGCAUGUUAAAUGUCAUAGUGUGCUCACAAGACAACAAAUAUAAGGGCAAUAAUUAGGGAUGGGACCAGGUUGCAGGGCGUGGGAAAGGAUGAACAUGACCUUGUCGGUGGUUCUGCAGAGAGUCCCCUUAAUCUCGUCAGUCUCUCACAGUCAUAACUCCUCCCCCAGCACAAGCAACCAAUCUGUUUCAUGUUGGAUUUUAGAUGGGCGGUAGGAAGCAAAGCCCCAUCUCAUCUCCAACCACAAAGCUUUCUCUCUUUUUAUCUCUCUCGGUAAUUUGGGGUGUCUGCAUUAAUGCAACCAGGAGAGGUUUAUGGCUUCAUGUUCACAGUCAGUCACAGCAACCCCUUCUUGCUUGCUCUCUCAACAGUGGAUAUUGUUUAUUGAGAGGGUUUUUGUGUAUUUUUGGGAACAAGGGAGCUUAAAUCUCCUUCAAGGUAUCUCUACCUACUGCUCAAUCGCUUGCUUACGUCUUGGGAAAAGGGUUGAAUUAGCUGAAUGGGUUGGUGGAUUUAGCACCCACAAGGUCAAAAUCAACCCAAAUUUAAUUUUAUAGGGAAAAAAAAGGAAAGAGACUUAGUUUACUCGGUUGAUAAUCUCUAUUUGAUUAGUUUUUCUCUGUGAUUAGAUGAGUUGGGCUUCGGAACAGAAGGAUCCAUGGGUUGAGCCGGAUGCAUGAAGACGAUGGUAUAGCAGAAAAGAUUAAAAUAGGGGAAUUUUGAGGAGAGCGAGAGGUCGGGUUUACUGUAGAUUUUAAUGGAAUUGAGAGGCCAAGACAAGGAAAGAGGGAUGCCAAGUUCUUUGGUUUAUAAUCCUCCCAUUCGAGAAUCAUCCUCCAAGGUCUCCUCUUCUCAUUCAGUAAUUUCCACAGGACUGGUGGGAGUAGGAGAAAGAAGAAAAGAUGGGACUGGUAACGGCACUGCGAUCCUUAACCCAUCUCAAACCCUAGAUCAUCUUCAACAUCAGCAUCUUCACCUUCAUCACCAUCAACCACAAGGGCAAGGGAGAACUCCAGACCCCCCAGAGCCAGAUCCAGUUCCGGUAGCAGUUGCGGUUGGUGGUGCAACAGGUGCACCAGUUGCAGGUGGAUCGAACUCAAGGACGCCGCCGUCUGCUCCAACAACCACAGUAUCAACGAUCCCCAGGACAGCCACCGGUGUUCGAUAUCGAGAAUGCCUCAAGAACCACGCAGCAAGCAUUGGCGGCCAUGUUGUGGACGGCUGCGGAGAAUUCAUGCCGAGCGGCGAAGAAGGGACCCCAGAAGCCCUAAAAUGCGCCGCUUGCGAUUGCCACAGGAACUUUCAUCGGAAAGAUAUGGAGGGGGAGCCCCAAUCGGGGGCGAAUUGUUAUUACUACUACAAUAAAAACCACGGCGGAUGCGGAGGCAGAAGUAGAAUCCCUCCUCCUCCCCCUCAACUACCUCCUCAACCUCUUCAGCAACACCAAAAAUUCCAACUGGGCUUGCCCACCAGUCCUUCAACAGGGCCAAUUCCACCACCCAUGAUGAUGGCCUUCUGCAGUGGAGGUGUUGGUGGGGGAGCCACCGAGUCAUCAAGCGAGGACCUCAAUGUGUACCAGUCCAAUGCAGCUGGGGGAGCUACACGGCCUCUGCCACCAUUCUCACUGUCAAAGAAGCGGUUCCGGACGAAAUUCACGCAGGAGCAGAAGGACAGGAUGUUAGAGUUCGCCGAGAAGGUGGGAUGGAGGAUCCAGAAGCAAGAUGAACCGGAAGUCCAGCAGUUCUGUGCUGAAGUGGGUGUUAAGAGGCAGGUCCUUAAGGUUUGGAUGCACAAUAAUAAGCACUCCGCCAAGAAGAAGCAGUUGUAAGACGAAGUACAUCUGUUUCCAUUGAUUACACGACAUAGAUAAAUAGAUAGAUUUCCAGAGAGAGAGAGAGAGAGAGGGAGAGAGACCUAAGAGUGAAGAGUGAAGACCACCCGCUGUUGAAAACAUCAUCUUGUAUUAUUUUCUAUUUAACCAUCCAUAUUGUGAUCUCGCCGCUUUUCUCUUCCUCUUCUUGUAACUCGCACUCUUGAAACAGAAAAGAAUAAAAAAGGUCCAUCAUCUUUUCUUCGUCUUUAGAAAUGGUGGUGGUGGCGGUGGUAAUGUUGAGAAGUGUUUGUAAUUAAAUUUUGUCCAAGAUUCUGGCUUCCAUCA